AUGGCCUCACACGCAGCUCUAGCCUCUACAAGAAUCCCAGCCAACACCAGGCUGCCCUCCAAGUCCUCGCACUCUUUUCCUGCUCAAUGCUUCUCCAAGAGGCUGGAAGUUGGUGAAUUUUCAGGUCUAAGAUCCAGUUCAUGUGUGACCUAUGCAAGCAACGGUAGAGAGACAUCCUUCUUUGAUGCUGUGGCUGCACAACUUACUCCCAAGACUACAGGACCAGCUCCUGUUAAGGGAGAAACAGUGGCCAAAUUGAAGGUGGCAAUCAACGGAUUUGGUCGUAUUGGCAGGAACUUCCUCCGAUGCUGGCAUGGCCGGAAGGACUCACCUCUCGAUGUCAUUGUUGUCAAUGACAGUGGUGGUGUCAAGAAUGCUUCACACUUGCUGAAAUAUGACUCAAUGCUGGGUAUUUUCAAAGCAGACGUUAAAAUCGUGGACAACGAGACCAUCAGCGUUGAUGGCAAGCCUGUCCAGGUUGUCUCUAACAGGGAUCCCCUGAAGCUUCCUUGGGCUGAGCUUGGCAUUGACAUUGUUAUCGAGGGCACAGGAGUCUUUGUUGAUGGCCCUGGUGCUGGUAAACACAUCCAAGCUGGUGCCAAGAAAGUUAUCAUUACAGCUCCAGCAAAAGGUGCUGACAUUCCUACCUAUGUUGUUGGGGUGAAUGAACAAGACUAUUCCCAUGAGGUUGCCAACAUUGUCAGCAAUGCUUCUUGCACCACAAAUUGCCUGGCUCCUUUUGUAAAGGUCUUGGAUGAAGAAUUUGGCAUUGUCAAGGGAACCAUGACAACUACACACUCCUACACCGGAGACCAGAGGCUCUUGGAUGCUUCACACCGGGACUUAAGGAGAGCCAGAGCUGCAGCACUCAACAUAGUUCCCACAAGCACUGGUGCAGCCAAGGCUGUGUCUCUGGUGCUGCCUCAACUCAAAGGAAAGCUCAACGGAAUUGCCCUCCGUGUGCCAACACCUAAUGUAUCAGUGGUUGACCUUGUGAUUAAUGUUGAGAAGAAAGGUAUUUCAGCAGAAGAUGUCAAUGCAGCCUUCAGAAGGUCAGCCGAGGGACCACUGCAGGGCAUAUUAGCAGUCUGUGACGUUCCUCUUGUGUCGGUAGACUUCAGGUGCACCGAUGUUUCCUCCACCAUAGACUCCUCCUUGACCAUGGUCAUGGGUGAUGAUAUGGUCAAGGUGGUUGCCUGGUACGACAACGAAUGGGGAUACAGCCAAAGGGUUGUGGAUUUGGCACAUUUGGUUGCAAGCAAGUGGCCAGGCACGUCACAAGCGGGAAGCGGAGACCCGUUGGAGGAUUUCUGCAAGACAAACCCGGCUGACGAGGAGUGCAAAGUCUAUGAAGCAUAG